CUCAGCUGUCGCAACGACUUGUGCAACAAACAUUGAACGUGCAUUGAAAAUAAAUAUAUAUAAGGCAGUCGGCACAAUAUGCAGCUGACUUUAAUCAAUUUCUUCAAGAAAACCGUGCCCGGCCACAUAUUCCGCGGCAAGCGGCGUCUCGUCAAGCCGGUGAGCAAACGUUCCAUGGACACGCUGACCCGCGAAUACGAGCGCCAGGAGCACAUCAUGUUCCUGCUGAGGCAUCCCUAUCUAACGCUGGAGCAAUCGUCGGGACAUGCCAAGGAGCUGCAGAAACGCGACAAGCUGGUGGCCAAAUGGACGGAUGAGCAGACGCGCAGCAAGAUGAAGCCACACGUGACCAUCGAGGAGCGGCUGCAGCAUUUGAAAGUGAAGGAGGCGUGGGAUUAAGUGAAUAAGUUAUUGUUCUAAUCACGUUACCCACAAACACACAUGUACUGCAAGUUAUAGAAUAAAUAUUAUACUCUAUGUAA